CUUUAAGGAGCAAAUGGUUUUGGUCAAAGCUGAUGUCCAUUAGACGUGCAUUAGAUGGUUUGCAGCAGAGGAGAGGCCCUCCUGAGAUUGAUCGAUAUACGGACGUGUCCACACUGAUCUGGGCGUGGUCAACAACACACUUUAGAAGCAUUUUUGGAGGCUGACGAGACAGAAGCUGCUCAGCAUGGAGGCCUCAAAGGAUGCAAUGUCGGAGCUGGAGAACGGCAUGGCCACUAUCAUCCGAGUUUUCAACCAUUACUCGGGGGAGAAGGGCAAGCUGAAGAAGGCAGAGCUUAAGGAACUUAUCAACAAUGAGAUGAGUCAUUUUGUGAUGAAAAUCCAGGAGAAUGCGAUUCUGGAUGAGCUUUUUGCCGAUCUUGACCAGAAUGGAGAUCUGGAGAUCGACUUCAAGGAGUUCAUUACACUCAUCGCCAUGGUCACCUCGGCAUGCCACGAAUUCCUCAACCCAAACUGCGGCGAUCACUAACCAAAGUGUAGAAGAAUGACUCAUAAAUGU